AUGGUCCCAUCCAGAUCCCGCCAGAUCAGAAAGGCAAGGUAUCAAGCACGACAGGAUGUCGCUGCCGAAGAACAAGCGACAAAGACCAUAUCGGUACAAACUCAAACGGUCGAGAUUGACGCAGGAGGAAACCUACCCACUCCUUCGUCAAUCUUAGAUGAUCCCACAGGGGGUUUAGGGCAAUUGAAAUUGGCGAUGAUGUGGGAGACGACUAGUGAAUUCGAUACGGAGAUUGGCAAGAUGACUGAGAAAUGCUUGAUACCUGCCGAUGAUCCUUCUCAGAAGUUCUGUGAGACACUGUUAAAUGGUGAGAUACUAGGUGGUGCCAGUGGAGAUGGUCCUUCCAGUUCGAGUUUUACCAGUGCUGUCAGUGGUACUUCAAGUGCAGAGACUGUUGAUCAGUCAGCCACUGCCACGGCAACAGCUACUGAAGGAGGUAUCACCUCUUCUGCUUCUUCCUCUGAGACCAGCUCUUCAGAAACGGUCUUAACGUCAACCGAUAUCCCACCUACCACCCUAUCCGAAGCUCCCUCAUCAACAACAAGCUCAACAGUGAUCGAAGCGACAGACCCGGCUAGUAUCACGGCAGUUGCUUUAUCUUCAGGAUCAGCCGAAAGCAGUAUCCCAACUAUAAACUUCACAGUCCAACCUGCUACUCCAUCUUCCUCUGAUGCAGCCGUAGCAGCUGCCUCUGAGGCUGCCGAUACGGUAAGUAUCCCGGGUCAACAACUCCAAGUACUCCCCAUAGGUCUAGGUGUAUUAGGUGGUCUAGCAGGUAUAGCCAUCCUUGUUGUCUCGUAUGUGACCUACCAGCGAAGGAAGUUUAAGAAACAGUUUAGAAAUAGGAAAUUGGCUGAGGAUGCUGCUCCGAUGGGAAUGGGGAAAAACUAUGGAUCAGCGUAA